GUUUAUUCAGUACUAGAACCUGCUUCCGAAGAUUGAGAAAGAGAGAGCAAUUCAUUCAGCCAUCGAAUUGCAGAACCUAUAAUGGACUCAGAUUCAGAUCAUUUGGAAAACAGCGACCCCGGUUUUGUUUGGGAUGAAAAUUCACAGCUUUACUUCCACGCCAGUACUGGAUUUUAUCAUGACCCUAAUGCUGGCUGGUACUAUAGCAGCAGCGACGGCGUUUAUUACAAAUUUGAGGAUGGAAAAUAUGUGCCUUUAGGUUCCAAUGAGUUGGUGAUUGAAGUUCUUUUGCAUGUUACGAAGGAUGAUUGUGAAGAAACAGUUCAGUGCAAGGAAACUACACCAGAAAAUCCUCAGCAAAUAUGCGGUAACAACAAUGGGGAUUCCACUUCGUUCCUUGAAAGGGAAUUUGAUACUGGCCAACACACAGGAACCUUGGUUGAUGAAGCAUUUGAUGAUGAUGCCAUGAAUUCCAUGAGCAGUCCAGCUUGUGAAAAUCCCCCUCCACCACCAUCAGAAUGGUUAGAGGACACGCUUAUUGAACUUUACUUAUCUGGCUACAACAACACAGCAGUUAGUGCAGCUGAUACAGCAGCAGUGCCCUUCGAAACAGACAGUGAAUAUUACUCUUACCACAAUACUGAUGAAGUGGAAAGGGAGUGGAUCCCGGGCCCAGUGGAUGAUAAUGUCAUAGCUGAUAAUGAAGGUACUGUAGAUGAAAGUGUAGCUUACAGUGAUACUUAUGAAUUGGAAGAAGGUGAGUGGAUCCCAGACUCAGAGGACGAAAAUGGCAUAGCUGAUAGAAGUCCUAUUGAUGAAGGUAUCUUGUUGGAUGAAGAGAAUUGGCGUGCUCAAUAUGGUCAGGUGACUGAAUCAGGGAAUGAUCUGGUUUCAGAGUUUUCAAUUGUGGACUUAUGGGAUUGGGAAAUGGUUAGAGGAUCCAAAAAAGAUGGAAAGGAUAAUGCAGCAAGGUUGGUCGGAAGACUAGUGAAACAAUCUGCAAAGCCACAUCCAUCCAUCCGUUCUGGCAGAGGGAAGUUAAGAUCUGCUCCUAUCUGUGAAGUACAUCUCGAUCUGGUACGAGUCAAAACAGGUCAAGUGUACAAAUUGCGAAAUCCUAGUGCUAGCUAUGUGGCUUCAAUCUCAACUUAUAAUUCUGCCAAUCCAACAAAAGAUUGGGAUUUUCCUCAGCUAUCAUCUAAUAGAAAUAUCACUCGUUUCUCUAAGUCCAGUGAAGGUACUGGUACUGCUUCGACUUCAGAUGAAACUCCUGUAGAGAAGGAUUUGUCUGUGUUGUCAACUCAGCUCUCUGCAUCCAAGCAAAUGAUAAAACAACAAUACAGAGAUAGAGCUGCUGAAAGAAGAAUCUUGCAUGGUGGCUUUGGUGUGGAUCCAGGACAGAAGAAUCACGCCGUUCGUGAUGAUACAACAUCAUCGCCUGAUGAUUACUGUCCAGAAGAAGCUGCAUCAGAGGCAUUGCAGAUGUCAUUUGGAGCCGGUAGUUAUGCCAGGAAACUUUUAGAAAACAUGGGUUGGAAGGAGGGAGAAGGGCUUGGGAAUUCAACCAAGGGCUUGGUGGAACCUAUUCAACCGGUUGGAAACAUCGGCAGUGCAGGUUUGGGAUGGCCUCGUCGAAAUUGACAAAAUGAGUACCAGUCCAACAAACUUGCUGUCUUGCCAACAGUUCAAGGGAAUUAGUUACACUUAGAAGCUUAGAUCUAGUCAUAGUAUGCAGAUCUUGUAUUUUAAUUCAAUCAAACUUUCUUUCCUUCCUCCCUAUGGCACUACUGUUUGGUGCAUGAGUUAGUAUGUUUGAUAAAAAUACACGAUCAAUUGGAGCACAAAUGGUUGUAUGGGUUCCACCAACAAAAAUACUUGAUUACCACAAAAGAAUAUUCACGAAAAGUAAAAAAUAAUAAAAAUGAAUCAAUGUAAAUAAUGUA